GCUCAAGAGGCUCUCGAGACAAAGAAGGGUGAACUAAAGUCUACGAAGGAUGAGUUGGAUGAUAGAGUUGCGGAAUUGAACGAGAGCCGGGCUUCCGAGAUUGAAAUGCGCAACAAACUCGAGGAGAAUCAAAAGGCCCUUUCCGAAAACGAGAAGCGAGGACGUUACUGGCAGGAGAAGCUGUCGAGCUUGACUCUUCAGAAUGUUAGUGACCUUGGCGAUGAUGAACAGGAACCCGCAGAACUCCAAACCUUCACUAAAGAUGAGCUGGACGAAAUGGACAAGGAUUCUCUGAAAGCUGUCAUCGCAGCACUCGAGGAGAAGACCCAGAGCGCGGCGGUCGACCUAUCAGUCAUUGAAGAAUACCGCCGCCGUACAGCUGAACACUCGUCCCGUUCCGCCGAUCUGGCCACAGCACUGGCAUCCCGUGAUAGCGCCAAGGCACGCCUGGAUGGUCUCCGAUCUGCUCGCCUUAAUGGAUUCAUGGAGGGCUUUAGUACUAUCUCGCUCCGUUUGAAGGAAAUGUACCAAAUGAUCACCAUGGGUGGUAACGCGGAACUGGAACUGGUCGACUCGCUCGAUCCUUUCUCAGAGGGCAUCAUGUUCUCCGUGAUGCCGCCGAAGAAGAGCUGGAAGAACAUCAGUAACUUGUCUGGUGGUGAGAAGACGUUGUCCAGUUUGGCGUUGGUGUUUGCACUCCACCAUUACAAACCCACGCCGCUGUAUGUCAUGGACGAGAUUGAUGCUGCCCUCGACUUCAGAAACGUAUCGAUUGUGGCGUCAUAUAUCAAGGAAAGAACGAAGAAUGCACAAUUUAUCGUCAUUUCGCUUAGAAACAAUAUGGUCAACCAUAUGACAAAGAGUGUAACGAUCGAAAACAAGGAUUAUAUCACGGGACGAUAAUGAUUUUGGUGUAUGGUUUAUGAACAUAUGCAAAUUGCCUACGGCUGGGAUUGGUGUUCUGUUUCUUGCUUUGGAUUAAAUAUACUAUGCAAAGGGUUCGGGUUUUGUUCUUGUUCAUUUUCAUGGUUUAUUUUAAUG